AUGUCUAUGAGGCCGAAUUCAGCAUCCAGAUCAAGUGAACAUCAUGGUUCCCAAGUGGGCUACCUGAUUUGCUCAUUGCUGGAGCUGAUUGACAGCUCGUGCGGCUGGGGGUUCUCAGGUGGAGCUAAUAUAGACAAACGGAAGAAAAGUGGCCUGGGGCCAAGCGAGCACAUCGUGAUGAUCGUGCGCAGUGCUGUAAAUGAUCUCCGCUGUUACAGAAUCAUUAUUUACAAAAUGUGGGGCGACGAGAAAGGCCGUGGGAUGAAAGAGCCUGACUACCGCCAUCUUGGCUAA